UUUCCAGGACCGGGACUCGCAUUCAUUGCUUACCCUAAAGCUGUUACCAUGAUGCCUCUCUCUCCUCUGUGGGCAACUCUGUUCUUCAUGAUGCUCAUAUUCCUUGGAUUAGAUAGUCAGUUUGUGUGUGUUGAGAGCCUGGUGACAGCUGUCGUAGACAUGUACCCAAAGGUUUUCCGAAGGGGCUACAGAAGAGAACUGUUGAUUCUCGGCCUUUCCAUUGUGUCAUACUUCAUCGGCCUCAUCAUGUUAACGGAGGGUGGGAUGUACGUCUUUCAGUUAUUUGACUCUUAUGCAGCUAGUGGCAUGUGCCUUCUUUUUGUUGCCAUAUUUGAAUGUGUCUGCAUAGGCUGGGUUUAUGGGAGCAAUCGCUUCUAUGAGAACAUUGAAGAUAUGAUUGGGUACAAACCACUCUCCUUGAUUAAAUGGUGCUGGAUGGUCUUAACUCCAGGUAUUUGCGCAGGAAUCUUCAUCUUUUUCCUGGUGAAAUACAAGCCUUUGAAAUACAACAAUGUAUAUAUAUACCCUGACUGGGGCUAUGGCAUAGGGUGGAUGAUGGCGCUCUCUUCCAUGAUCUGCAUCCCUUUGUGGAUCUGCAUUAAGCUGUGGAAGACAGAAGGCACUUUCAUAGAGAAAUUCAGGAAGUUGAUUACACCGAGCUCUGACCUGAAAAUGAGAGGGAAGCUGGGAGGAGGAGCCUACAUUGCAGCAAUAAAUGACUGCGAUGCCAAACUGAAAGGAGACGGCGCCAUUUCAACCAUUACAGAAAAGGAGACGCAUUUCUGAAAGAACUAUGAUAUUUUGUUUUAUUUUUUUUUUUUGUAUAAAUAAAUAAAUAAAUUCACUUAAUUAUAGAGGCUGGCUUGUUUUGCACAGAAUUUUAUUAACCAGUUAAUUUUAAAGUGAAAAUUGUAUACUUGUUUAAAAGUGAUUUUUUAAAUUACUAUAUAAGUAAUGAUUAUGUAAAAGAAAAAGAAAUAGUAUUAUAUGGUAUGUUAGUGAUGACUUCUUGUAAUAUGGUGAUUUCAGUAAAUGGUUUUUUUUGGUUUUUUUAGAAAUUAGAGGGACCUGUAUAAUGUGCUGUAAAACUUUUCUACUUUGAUUUCUGGCAGGUGUAACGUUGUAUAGAUCUACGCAUACUAAUAUGUAAGCAUUUCGGACCAUUUCAGCUUUUAAUGUAUGUAUAUAAAGGGGACCGGAAUGUCCUUUUGGUUAAACUGGAAGCAGUUGUGAGGGGCUGGGGGGGAUGAGGGGUAACUGCUGUUGGGUGUUGCUCUCUGAAUGUGGGCUGUAUCCAACGUCUCCUGAGAUCCGAGGGAGCCCUUCCCGGCUGGGGCCGGGAGCUUUGCCCUUCCCGAGGCCAGGGCAGCUGCAAGACUGAGUUUUGCACCUGAAAAAGCUCUUUUUCAGAAAUGUUGUGAAGCCAAGAGGAAGCACCCCCUCAGCUGCUCUCAUCGCCUUCCCUCCACCCUCCGCUUGCUUCAAGAGGUCUAAUCCGUGGUGGAAUGGGCCCACUUCUGAGUCACUGUUUUCUGGAGACUGGAUAGAGAACGUUUCUUAUGAGCUGUGAAUUUUGCUGCUCUUGUAAGUUAAUGGUCUCUAUAAGACACGUACUGCUUCAGGAGACCUCUAAAGCUGUUUCAUUUUCUUUAGUGUCUGGGUGGCCAGUACUUUGUUUCAGUUGACACUUCCCAACCCCUGAAGUGAUGCGUGUUUGUCUGCGCUUGUACAACAGGAGAUCAUGGUUACUUUAUGUCAGUGGAGAUGUUCUGAGGAAAAAAAGACCAGGUUUAGAGCUCUGCACAGCUCGGCCUCUCUCUUUGCCUCUAUCUAUUUGCCAAGUCUGUCUGUCUGUACAUCUAUUAAUUGCCCAAAGAAGAAACCAAGGAUCCUGUAAUGACAAUAUAGAGCUUUUCUCAUCGUCAGGGUAUUUCUAGAUACUUUCAGAUUAGACUCUGGUUGCUCUACCCUGAAUGGUAUCAAGGGUUGUACUGAAGUCAGAAUGGGAGUUUAUCUGGUGGAAGGCUGGAGUAAUUGGUCCUUAAAUCACUGCAUCAUAGAACACCAGGUUGGAAGGGACCUCAAGGAUCAGCUUUGGCACAAGUCCAGUCUAGAGGAGGUGGCCCAGCCCCCUGUCCAGCUGAAUCUUAGAAGUGUCCAAUGUUGGGGAAUCCACCGCUUCCUUAGGGAGAUCAAUCUCUACAAGAACUCCAGGAGAUAAUUUGAAUUGAGACAAGGAUGUUGUGACUUCUCUGUUCCACAAAAGGAGCAUUAUUGGGUCUGUGAGAUCAAGCCUUUUCAUGUGUCCAUUGUAUGACCUGACUCCCUCUGAUGGAAGACAGAUUUUGUCUGUGAAUCCAACUGGAUUGUUCCUCUGAGGUGUGCCAAUGCUCGCCCCAUUCUCUAGACUAUCUCUUGGUUUGAUUUUUUUCUUCGGCCAAUAUUCCACACCCUGUUAUUUGUACUGGGCAAUUAUUUUUGUUCCUGUCCUGUGUUUUUUAUUUAACGGUUGUACAAGAAACCCGUGGAGGAACGUUGUACUGCACUGCACAGUAUUUGAUGGGGAGAGACAAGCAACAGCCUAGGACAGCUCUGAAGAAAUGUCAUAAAAUCUGCUGUCUUCUCUGCAAUCCAAAAUCACCAAAGCUCAGACACCAGCACCUGGAGUUAUUAGAAACAGAAGUGGCUGCUGGCCUUCUACAGAGGAGAACAUUUCCCUAGGAGUCACUAACUAUAUCUUAAUAUUACAUAGAACUGCACGUGCAGUCACCAUUUCUUUGAGAUUUUAUGGUUACCUCUUAAAAAAGCAUUUUUGUAGAAUCCCUUUGUCUCAAGUCACAUCAUUAAAUCUAACAGUUUUGUUUCA